AUGGAGAAUUCGAACUUCAUCCGUCUCUCGCCGGAGAUCAGAAACGAGAUCUGGACCAAUGUGUUUGCCUCUCCAUGUGCCGUCAACGUCAAAUUGCAGUCCGAUAAGCUCCAGCAUCCCCUCACGCAAACAUGUCAGCAGAUCCGCCACGAAACUCUCGCCAUGUUCUACUCUCUGACUCGAUUCAACGCGCACCUGGGCUCAGGCCCAACUGCCCCGCUGCUGAAGUGGCUCCGGAAGCUUGAUGCAGAGAACCUCCUCAUAAUCAAUGAAGUCAACAUCUGGGGCUUGCACAACCUCAAUAAUGGCACGCUGUAUGGUUCGGAGACCUCACAAGCGCUCCUGUUGAAAGGACCUCAAAAGCCCAGUUCAAAGUACAUUUUGCAGCCAGUCUCCGGGUGGAUUUUUGCGCAGCAUGGAAGGUUGAAGGUCCUCAAAGAGGUCAUCUUAGCGCUGCACUCUGUAGGACUGGGACUCCUGCGAUUCUGCAUUGUGGGCCAACAUUAUGAUGAACGCGAUGAUCUGGGUGAGGAUGGCGAAGAGAGAGACGACAACAACAUGCACCCGCCGUCUUCAUUAGCGUUGGUGCGACUUGACUCCAGGCCUGCCGGAAGCGUUUUCGCGGACAGUACCACAAAUAUUGACUGGUUGGCGCAAAGUUGGGAGCUGACUGAACGUGCGAGGGUGGAUUUGAUUUGUGGCCUGGCAAAUGACCAGAUCAAAGUAGAAGUGCUUGAUGGAAUGAGAAGGAUAGUGUUUGAUUUUACCAGCCUGGAAUUGGGCGGCAGGGUUGAAUGCGUGGAGAACAUCGAGGAGGGCUACCGCAAGAGCAUGCUAUUGGCUUGA